AUGCUCAAUAUUUCUUAAAGGUGGUUGAAAACCCAAGAAGUUUAUUAAAUUCUAACUGAAUUGAAGAUAGAAAUUCAUUUAGUCCUACCAAAUUAGCCUUCAUCAGGUUAGUAUUUUCUAAUAAGGCCUGAAAAAGAAAGAGGUUGGAAGAAAGAUGGAUAUUAAUAUAUACCUCGUCAUAAUGGAGUUGGAACUAGAGAGGAUGUAGAAAAACUAAAAAUAAAUGGAAUUCCGGUAUGAUAUUUAAACUAAAGAUUUAGAUGAUUAUCUGUUUAUAUUCCUAAACUAUAAAAAAAGAUGGGCAAUAAUUAAAUAGAAGAAUAUAUAAGCUAUUAGAAUAAUCACAAAAUAUUUAUUUAGUACACUAUUUAAAUUCCUAAUUUUCAGAAGUUGUAGAGCAAAAUGAAGUUUUUAAAUAGAGCGAACCUCUAAUUAAUAUCCCAAUUAAUAAUGAAUUUUAAUGUGAUUCUUGGUUUCUUUGUGAUUUCCAAGAUUAAUAAUAGGAUCUUGAAUUGAAAUAAAGUAUUUCACAUUAUUAAUUAGAAAUAUCAAUUUUAGAAAAAAGAAUACAAUAUUUAGAAUAAGAAAGAAAUACUGGAGCUUCUAGUUCAACUCAUAGAGAAAGUUCAGAUGAAUUUAAUUCUAGUUUUAAAGAAGCAUUAUCUGUGAAAAUAGUAGAUUUUUCACCUGAAUGGGACUAUACAGAGGGUGGAAUGAAAAUGAUGUUAUGUUUCUAACCAAUAAAAGAAAUCUAUUAGUGCCAAAUUUUGUUUGGAAAUGUUCCUGUUUUAGCUAAUUGUGUUUAACCUGGAGUAUUGAAAUGCAUAGUGCCUCCAAAUGUUUAAGGGAAAGUAGAGUUAAAAAUUAUCAGUAAUGGGAUAUUUAUUGAUGAAUAAACUGAUAUUAAUCAUUUCACAUAUAAGUAGAAAAGAAAAACAAAAAAGGAUAAAUAAUAAAAAGAAAAAUUAAUUGAAUAGGAUAAGAUAGAUAGUUCAGAAUUUAAAGUACGAGUCAUAGAAAAACUUGCAUCGUUUCAAGCAUACUUCAAUAAUACUUUGAAUAUGUAAGUUUCUAAUAUGGAACAAGAGCAAAUAGAAUCAAUAGAAUAAAUUGAUGACUAUAAAGUCACACAAUUAAUUUAAUAAAUAAUUGUCUUAGGAAAGAACCAUCUAGAAGCAGUUAGAUAGUUUUUAGACGAAUAAGAUUCUUAUGGUUUUUCAUUGAUACAUUAUUUAACAUUAUUAGGAUAUUCUUAGGCGAUAAAAUUGAUUUUAAAAAACGGAGCUAAUAUCAAUUAAUCUGGAUGUGAUGGAUUAACUGCUUUAUAAAUUGCUAUCAUAUUACAACAAGAAGAAAUUGUGAAUUUACUAAUAUAAUUAGGAGCUAUUGAUGAUCAAUUUAAUGAAUGUGCUGAGAAAAAACCUGAUAUUGAUUAACUUUUUUCAAUUGAUAGCGUCUAUUAAAAUAAAAAGAUAUUAGAUCUCCUAAUUAGAGGCUAUACAUUAUGUGACUCUAUACAUAAUUCAAGUUCUUAUACUGAAUAACAAUCAUGGAAUGGAUAGGAUGAUUAAGACACGUUAUAAUACUUUUAAGUCAACGAUUUGUUUGAAAAUAAAAACAGCCCUGUGAUAAAAAAUGAGGAGAAGCAUACAAAGCACAAAUAUUUAAGGAACUACUCAAAACAUGAAGUUCGUCCUUAACAAAUGGAAUUUAACUCUAAUUUCGUAAUUAUUAUAUCUUAUAAAGCCAUAUGAUAAUUAUGCAAAUCAUAUAUAAACAAUAUAGAAAAAUGUUAAAGCUUGGCUAUUAAGAAGGCAGUAUUUGGACAUAAAAUAUGCAACUUAGGUUUUAUAAAAUUGUAACACAUUUAUUUUAAUUUAGAUAUUAGAAAUAAGCUUCAUAAAAAACAGAUGAAUCCUGAUUGUAAAAGUAAAAUUAAAAGCACUGUGAGAAAUUGGUUAAAUUUAAAAUAUUGA